GUUGAUUAAACGGUUCGGCCAAACGAGUCAGCGACGGUUGGGAAAACAGUUAAGCAGUAGCAAUAAUCGUUGAAGACUUGAAGUUGAAGUUGAUCUCUGUGACUGAGUCUGUCCCUCUCCUUCCAAGUUCGAAGUUCGAAGCUGCGAUUCCAAUUCAACCUGGCCUUUCAAUCGAACAAUCAUCGCAAGCUCACGAAACUGGUGCUAAAAUGCGCCGCCCAGCUAAGCAUGAAACAACUCUUACAGGUUCAAGCUCAGUUCUUAACCUGUGCACCUCCUCCCUUCCUUGACCCUAACCUCGUAGCCGUCAAACUUAUCGGUGUCUGCUCUGCUCAUUCUAAGCUACGUUACGCUGCGCUCAUCUUCGCCCAACUCCGUAACCCCAACAUCUUCGCUUGGAAUUCCAUCCUCAAAGCCUACGCCCAGAACAACGAUUGGUCCCACACUCUCCAUUACUUCAACACCCUACUGUCAUCUCCACCUGCCCCCGACCCCGACGAGUAUACUUUCACUUCAGUUCUCAAGGCCUGCGCCGGUCUCGUUUCUGUAGCAGAUGGCUGGAAAAUGCAUGCCGUGGUCGCCAAAGCUGGGUUUCAAUCCAACCUCUUCGUUCAGAAUUCUCUUGUCGAUAUGUAUUUUAAAUUCGGCUGCCCGGAGGUUGCCCAGCAUUUGUUUGAUGAUAUGCCUCUUAGAGACGUGGUUUCUUGGAACACAUUGGUUUCAGGUUAUUCUUUGGGUGGCGAUGUUGAAUCUGCAAGACGGGUAUUUGACCAAAUGGUCGAGAAGAAUGUGGUCUCAUGGUCGGCCAUGAUAACCGGCUAUGCUCGAAUAGGUGACCUUGAUUCUGCUCGUUUGCUUUUUGAUACCAUGCCUGAAAGAAAUGUGGUAUGUUGGAACGCUAUGAUUGCUGGGUAUGCGCAGAAUGAGAGAUAUGCCGAUGCCAUCAACCUAUUCCGUGAGAUGCAACAAACGGGCUGUCUCGAGCCCAAUAGCGUUACUCUUGUUAGCAUAUUAUCAUCUUGCGCUCACUUGGGUGCAUUGGACUUGGGGAAGUGGAUUGAUCGGUUUAUUUGUCGGGGUGGUGUGGAGUUGAAUCUUUUUUUGGGGAAUGCACUAGCAGACAUGUAUGCUAAGUGUGGAUGCAUAGCAGAGGCAAGGCGGGUAUUUGAUAAGAUGCAGGAGAGAGAUGUCAUCUCCUGGAGUAUUAUUAUUACUGGGUUGGCCAUGCAUGGACAUGCGGAAGAAGCAUUUGCGUGCUUCCUUGAAAUGGUUGAAUGUGGAUUGAAGCCAAAUGAGAUUACUUUCAUGGGCUUAUUAUCAGCAUGCACUCAUGCAGGGUUAGUUGAUAAGGGGCUCAAGUAUUUCUAUCUGAUGGACCAGGAGUAUGGAAUCACUCCCAAGGUUGAGCAUUAUGGUUGUGUGGUUGACCUUCUCAGCCGUGCUGGACGCCUUGCUGAAGCAGAGGAUUUGAUCAAUUCAAUGCCAAUCAAACCCAAUGUUGUAGUUUGGGGUGCAUUGCUUGGUGGUUGUCGUAUUUACAAAGACAAUGAGCGUGGAGAAAGGGUUGUCAAACAAAUCCUUGAGCUGGAAUCAGAACACUCUGGAAGCUAUGUUUAUCUUGCCAAUGUUUAUGCUUCGAUAGGUAGGUUGGAUGAUGCUGCAAAUUGCAGGUUGAUGAUGCAGAAGAAUGGAGUGACGAAAACUCCUGGAUGCAGUUGGAUUGAGGUUAAUAACACAGUUCACGAGUUCUUCAUGGGGGAUAAGUCACAUCCUCAGGCUGACAAGAUAUAUUCAAUGGUCAGAGAAUUGGGGUUGAGAAUGAAGGUGGCAGGAUAUAAACCAAAAACGGAUCUUGUGGUGCAUAACAUUGAUGAGGAAGAGAAGGAGGAUGCACUAUCCACCCACAGUGAGAAGUUGGCAAUUGCAUUUGGUCUCAUUAGCACUAGCGAAGGAACUACUAUUCGGAUUGUAAAGAAUCUGCGAGUUUGUAAUGACUGUCAUGAUGCUGCCAAGAUCAUUUCAAGAAUCGUUGGGCGAGAAAUUAUAGUGCGGGACCGGAGUCGCUUCCAUCAGUUCAAAGGUGGGAGGUGUUCAUGUAAUGACUUUUGGUAACAGAAUAAUGGGAAAGGAAAUGGGAUGGUGGAUAAUGGGGCAAAGUGGAGGAAAUUCAAGAUCAAUAGCUGAAAUCCAUAUUACUUAGUGAAUUGAUCGACCAAAGUAGGCCUUUCUCCAUAUUCUGUUUUUGGUUCAAACUCUGGUAGAAUCAUUAUAUAUUAUUGACCAAAAACGUGCCAAUUAUUCUUACUGAAAUCUCAAGGUUGAAGGCCUGUUAACAUGGCAUCUAUCAGCAGGGAGGCAACUGACAUAUCAAAGGCUCUCACGGUUACCAUCCAUUUACACCAAGGAAUUGUACAUUGGGUUAGAGUAUGAAAAGGACAUCAUAUACAUCAAUAGUGUUAUUAACAAAAAAUAAAGCACUUUUGGGUAGACAUACUUAAGUACAGUGCCAACAUUUUGUCUAUGGAUUUCCUGUUCUGAACUAGACUUGUCUACAAUGAUUCUAGCAUUUCGUGCACUCCAUAUGGUUUAAGAAUUAAG